CCUCUCUAGGCUCCAGCUUUCUCUGUGGAAGAUGACAGCAAUUAUAGCAGGACCCUGCCAGGCUGCUGAAAAGAUUCCACAAUAAAACUUUGCCAGUGGGAAGUACCUAGUGAAACGGCCUAAGAUGCCACUUCUUCUCAUGUCCCAGGCUUGAGGCCCUGUGGUCCCCAUCCUUGGGAGAAGUCAGCUCCAGCACCAUGAAGGGCAUCCUCGUUGCUGGUAUCACUGCAGUGCUUGUUGCAGCUGUAGAAUCUCUGAGCUGCGUGCAGUGUAAUUCAUGGGAAAAACCCUGUGUCAACAGCAUUGCCUCUGAAUGUCCCUCACAUGCCAACACCAGCUGUAUCAGCUCCUCAGCCAGCUCCUCUCUAGAGACACCAGUCAGAUUAUACCAGAAUAUGUUCUGCUCAGCGGAGAACUGCAGUGAGGAGACACACAUUACAGCCUUCACUGUCCACGUGUCUGCUGAAGAACACUUUCAUUUUGUAAGCCAGUGCUGCCAAGGAAAGGAAUGCAGCAACACCAGCGAUGCCCUGGACCCUCCCCUGAAGAACGUGUCCAGCAACGCAGAGUGCCCUGCUUGUUAUGAAUCUAAUGGAACUUCCUGUCAUGGGAAGCCCUGGAAAUGCUAUGAAGAAGGACAGUGUGUUUUUCUAGUUGCAGAACUUAAGAAUGACAUUGAGUCUAAGAGUCUCGUGCUGAAAGGCUGUUCCAAUGUCAGUAACGCCACCUGUCAGUUCCUGUCUGGUGAAAACAAGACUCUUGGAGGAGUCAUCUUUCGAAAGUUUGAGUGUGCAAAUGUAAACAGCUUAACCCCCACGUCUGCACCAACCACUUCCCACAACGUGGGCUCCAAAGCUUCCCUCUACCUCUUGGCCCUUGCCAGCCUCCUUCUGCUGGGACUGCUGCCCUGAGGUCCUGGGGCUGCACUUUGCCCAGCACCCCAUUUCUACUUCUCUGAGGUCCAGAGCACCCCCCGCGGUGCUGACACCCUCUUUCCCUGCUC